AUGGCGCUCGUCGUCUGCGGCGAUGAGUCUGUUGCUGCUGCUCGGAGGCCUUUCCCUAUACGGCGGCGCUCGAUUUCCAGUCCGCUCAAGGUUGCUCCCGCUGAAGCGUCUGCGAAGGUUGCUGAGAACCAUGGCGCCCUUGUCGCGGGCGUCGCUGAUCCCAAUCAAGCCGCGCUGCCUGGCGGCAAAGCCGACUUCUUCCGCGAGACGGCCUUCGAAACCGCCCGCCGCGAAGCCAACGAAGAAAUCGGUCUGCCGGCCCUCGACCAGCCGUUGCCGGCGCCGUUCCGCGUCGAGCAUCUCUGCGAGCUGCCAGCCAACCUGUCGGUAACGGAAAUCGUUGUCCGGCCGUGUGUCGCGCUGCUGCAUUCCCACGACGCUGCCACCGGCGCCAACGCCGACCCGGAGGAUGCCUUCAUGCCACGGCUCGAUGCAAAGGAGGUCGCCGCUGUCUUCACUGGGCCGUUUCACAAUUUCCUGAAGUCGAGCGACGAGGCCCGGGGGGCCCAUGCCGACAACCUGCCCGGGUCGCCAACCGACUGGUAUGAGGGAGUGUGGACCGAGUGGACUUCCGCGCCCUGGAGGAUGCAUAACUUCUUCGUUCCCAUCACUAAUCAAAAGGUAAUCAUAUCCCGACAAAAGAGCUGGGAGCAGGACGCGCCGGCCGCUCACGGCACACCCGACAGCGGCCCCCAGAGGACGACUCUGGGUCUGGAGCGAUACCGGGUCUUUGGCUUGACGGCACGGAUCCUAGUCGAUGCAGCCAGAGUAGCAUAUGGCGAAACACCUGAGUUCGAGCAUAACUCACAACUGGGUGACGAAGACAUGAUCUGGCGGCUCACCAAACUAGGCCGGUUCGCCGGCACCAGGGACCAAAACGGCCCGCUCACGAAAGAGGUAUUCCGAAGGGCUUCGAAAUUAUCCUAG